AUGGUUACCGAAGCAUUUAUAAUGUCCGAAUAUCCUCUACAUUGGUGCGUAUGGAAUAACGACUUCAAAACAUUGGGAGAACUUCUGACAUCCAAAGAGAUUGAUAAAGAGAAAAGGGACGUAAGGGGCAGAACCCCAUUAAUGUUAGCAGUUACAUUAGGCCACUUGGAGUCGACAAGAACUUUAUUAAAUCAUGAGGCCAACGUAAAUUGCGAAAAUUUACACGGUUGGACAGUGGUUCAGGAGGCGGUGGCCACUGGCGAUCCGGAAUUGGUGCAAAUUGUUCUGGAAAGCAGGGAUUUCCAAAGAUAUACCAACAGAAUGGCGGGCAUUCCCGAGCUGCUGCAGCGACUGAAAGAGGCCCCGGAUUUCUACGUUGAAAUGAAAUGGGAAUUUACUAGUUGGGUACCUUUAGUGUCCAGAAUGUGUCCUAGUGAUACCUAUAAGGUUUACAAACAAGGCUCCAGUGUGAGGAUAGACACUACAUUGUUGGGCUUCGAUCACACCAGUUGGCAAAGGGGGAACAGAAGCUACAUAUUUCAGGGACAAACCAUUCAAAUUUGUACACCAAUUAAGGGACAAAGAAGUUACGUUUUCAGUUUGAAGACGUUUGUCAAACCCGAUGAUGGUGCUAUUAUGAUGGAAAUCGAUCACGAUCUUCAGCAGGUUUACUGCGAGCAAAUGAGGACCACUGAAGAUUCCCUCAGCGUUUUAUUACCAAACGAAGAAUCCGUUUCUCAACGACUAACAACGCCUAUUGUUACAACUUACGUAGAUACGGAAAAAAUUAGUUUCGAAAGGAACAAAGCCGGAAUGUGGGGCUGGCGAUCGGACAAGACUGAAAUCGUAAAUACCUACGAAUGCAAAGUAUUUAGCGCGUCGAACGUAGAAUUAGUGACGAAAACGAGAACCGAGCACCUGACCGAGACUGAUAAGGCGCGCUGUAAAAACCAAAAGAACCCCUUGCAGAAUUUCCUGGGUAUAGCGGAGGUUACGGAGAGUCAGGCGGCUUCGCUCCUUCAAAACGAAGAAUUUACCAAUUCGAGUAACCCUUGCAACAUAACGCCCGAGGAAUAUUUCGAUAGAAACGUGGAUCUCGAUGCUCAGAAACGUGAUAUCGGCCGGCCGAAGGAGAUGAGUAUUAAAGUGCAGAAAUUCAAGGCGAAUUUGUGGUUGUGCGAAAACUACCCACUGUCUCUUCCCGAACAAAUUCUUCCUAUUGUCGAUCUUAUGGCUAUAUCUAGUACGCAUUUCGCUAAGCUUAAAGAUUUUAUUCAAAUGCAGUUACCUUCCGGAUUUCCGGUUAAAAUAGAAAUUCCCUUGUUCCAUAUUUUAAAUGCAAGGAUAACGUUCGGGAAUAUCUUUGGUACAGACCAGGAUGUGGAGAAAGUCGCGAGAGUACAGGAGGAGAAUCGACUCACGUGUGUUUUAGACGAGAAUUUGUUUAAAUGUCCUUCGGGAUACGUACAUAUAAGUCUGGAUGGUCGAAGGCAAUUUAGUACUGAAGAAGAAGACGAUUUGUUGCAGUUCGCUAUUCAACAGAGUCUCAUCGACUCUGGCACAGAAAAAGAAGAAAUUGAUAUAUGGGAGGCGUUGAAGACGCAGAAACCUUCCGGACAGAAAACGCCGGAUUUCAUGGGAGAAGAAGAAAGGCAGCUGCAAAGAGCGAUCCAAGCCAGUUUAGAGCUCUGCCAGCGGGACGAGACCGGCGGCGAGGCGAAUCUGGCGCCGCAAAUGUACGGGGAGAGCCCCGAUGCGGACUCGGACCUGCACUUGGCGGUGCUCCUGUCCCAGAAGGAGGAGGAGCGGAAGAGACAGCGGGAGGAGGCCGAGCGGAUGGAGGACCAAAAGUUGCUGGCGGAAAUAUUGGAAUUGUCACUCAAAGAGAAGUAA